ACAACAUUUGCAGAGAAAUAAUCUACUAUGCAAGGGAUGUAACUCUGGCGUGGAGUUUGUUAAGUGAACUAGAACAGAUGUUUACAACCUUGAUCAUAAAGCAGGAUGUCGGCUUUGACGAUAGGCGUUUUGUUGGUGUGUUUCAUUGGCGGAGCUGUGGGUAAAGGGUGUCUUCACUCGCUCCAGUGUGCGCAGGACACGUGUUGUAGAAGCAGUUCCGGUGCGGUCCUGAGCAGUGAUCAGGAGGGACAUUUUGGGCCGUUCGGGCCGUUGGUAGACAACUCACAAUCUGGCGGCAGCUGCACCCCAGGAAAGGCUCAACAGGGAGAGAACUGCGAUAGUCACUGUAAAUGUGAUACUGGUCUAGAGUGCUAUCGCCCCAUUAGUGGUGCAUGUUGUCCCCCACAUCGCUGUUAUGAUGCUGUCUGGGUGCAACAACAACGAGACUAUUGGGCUAACUGUCACCCACCUACAUGCUACUUCCCCGCUUAACAUGUACAGUCGAGCAAGAACAAGUAACCGCGGACAACGACUGACUGUACCGUUUAAAAAUUUGUAAAAGGCUUUCCAGUUGAAUAAAAUGACU